UUAUUUUUCCCGUAUUUUAAUGCGCAGAAGAGAAAACAAGUCAUACGUCAAAAUCCUUCAGUCUUUCGUCUUUCACUAGUUUCACUACUCUCUUCGGUUUAAAAAUGGUGGACGUAGAAGAGGAAGUUAUUAUGGAUUCUGAUGAAAAUGAGGACAUCAUUCCAAAAAGUACAGAAGAAAUGGCAGAGCUGAAAAAAGAAAACGGCAACCAGCUCUACAAAAUCAAACAAUAUCGAUCAGCACUUCCUCUCUAUACUGAAGCCAUCAAUUUGUGUCCAGACACAGCAGCUUACUAUGGCAACCGCUCAGCUUGCUACAUCAUGUUGAACAGGUAUGAGGACGCCAUGGAAGAUGCCAGAAAGAGCAUACAGCUAGACCCCCGGUUCGUCAGAGGUUACAUCAGAAUGGCUAAAUGCAGCAUAGCAUUGGGAGAUCUCAUGACUGCAGAGUAUGCAAUAAAGAAAACUCAAGAACUUCAGCCCGAUGGUUCAGGAAUCACCAGUGAGAUAAAGUCUUUGGAAAAACUAAAGCACAAUGAAAGCGAGGCCACUAAAGCUUAUGAGAAAAAUGACUACCGUAAAGUUGUUUACUGUAUGGAUCGUUGCUUAGACGAGGCCCCUUCUUGUCAUCGCUAUAAGCUCACCAAAGCAGAAUGUCUUGCAUUUCUUGGAAGAUAUCAAGAAGCUCAGGAAAUUGCAAACAGUAUUUUGCAUUUGAACAAAGGCAAUGCUGAUGCUAUUUACGUUCGUGGGAUAUGUUUAUUUUACGAGGACAAUUUAGACAGUGCUUUCCAACAUUUUCAGCAAGUCUUGAGACUUGCACCUGACCACCAGAAAGCAAUGAAUAUAUACAAGCGUGCCAAACUAUUGAAAAAGAAGAAGGAAGAGGGCAAUGAAGCCUACAAGUUAUGCCGUUUUCAGGAAGCCUGCCAAUUAUACACUGAAGCCCUUGAAAUUGAUCCGUUCAACAAGAAAACCAAUUCCAAACUAUACUUCAAUCGUGCAACAGCUUAUUCCAGGCUGACAAAAACACGCGAAGCCAUAGCAGACUGUACAGCAGCUCUCAAUUUGGAUGAAACAUAUCUGAAAGCUCUCCUGAGAAGAGCAAAAUGCUACAUGGACCUGGGUGAAUAUGAGGAAGCUGUUCGGGAUUACGAGAAGGUCUGUAAAAUGGACAAGAGCCGAGAGAACAAAAAAUUACUACAGGAUGCUAAAUUUGCACUGAAAAAAUCCAAACGGAAGGAUUAUUAUAAAAUUCUUGGGGUUGACAGAACUGCUGGGGAUGACGAAAUCAAAAAAGCUUACAGAAAGAGGGCGCUUGUCCACCACCCCGAUCGCCAUGCGAGUGCGAGUGAGAGCGAGAAAAAAGAUCAAGAAAAGAAAUUCAAGGAGGUCGGCGAGGCUUACGGUAUCUUAUCGGAUCCUAAGAAGCGGUCAAGGUAUGAUAAUGGGCAAGACAUGGACGAUUUCGAUGGUGGAAUGUCUGAUAUUGACCCCACCCAGGUCUUCCAAACUUUCUUCAGCGGCGGAGGACACCACGGUCAAGAAUUCGGAUUUGGUGGCUUUCCUGGCGGAUUUUCCUUCCAGUUCAGUUAAAUUUUUUAAUUUUAAAGUGCUAUGUACAUUCCAGCAUUUUAGUAGCAUACUCCUUCUCAUUCUGUAACUUGUUUAUAGUAUUUAUUUUAAGUUCUUAUGAAGGGCUAAUCCUUUUUUGUUUCCAGUGCAUCAAAGAGAUGUGUUUAUGCUAAAUUUUGGUAAUUGCUAGUAAUACAAGCACUAAUAAUAAUGAAUUUUUCUUAUAUUUCGCAUCAGCGUGGAUAUCCUCGAGCCAUAACUUAUUAAUUUUCAUUGUCAGAUGGAAAGUGGCACAGUUUGUUAUACGAAACCUGUAUAUUGUACGAUAUUACCUCAAGUAAUAAAGAUUUAUAGACUGAGAAAA